AUUCCUUCUCCUUCCCAAUCUCUUUUCUCUCAACCGACCAGGGAAAGGUAAGUCGUAUAAAGAGCCCCCCACCAUUGCUGCCCUUCACUUCAUUCCAACUACUCUGUUUCUGAAUAAGAAAGAAAUUCCACUGGCAUCACUUACUUCCCCUAUCUGAAGACACAAGCUGCAGCGGCAUGUUUCUAUUUGUUCUUCUUUGCUUGCUGCCGUGUCCGCCACUCCCCUUCCUUCCUCAUGCUGUUUGCGUAUGCGAAGAAGCACAAUAAAGGUGGCGGAGAUGGUUAUCGGGCCGGAGAAGGAGAUCGUUGGGCUUGUCCGCGGGUGCAUCAAGACCGUGGCCUGAGGCACCCCCCUUGCCUUGUUAUUACCCUCACCCUCGAAGCACCACGCCGCCCCCAUCUAUGCGAAGGUGGACCUCCGUGGUCUAAGGAGAAGGGGGCGGGGUAUGGCGACGGCGAAGGACAACGAGUCGUCUUUCCGCCUCUUCACUGGGCGGUGCGGUUACUCCAAGUUCCGCACCCCCGCCAUCCCGGUGCACCCCGUGUUAGCCCCCACCGCCUUCCCCUUCCCCCAUGCGUCGCCAUCCUCCGCCUCACCCUCGCCGAUGCCCAGGCCCUGUACCGCCGCCGCUUCGCCGCCACCGAGUUCUUCCCCCGCAACAUCGACACCGUGCUCGCCAACCCGUUCUCCCUGGGCACCUUCCUCGCCGUCCCUCCUUACCCCGUGAUCCCGUGAACACACACGUGAACGACCGCGCGUCCCGUCCGUGAUCCCUCCCACCCGUGAACUCCGUAACAGAGCGUGAGCGUGGGGGAUUGGUAGCAGAAUAGACUUGCCAGUAAAGCACAUGCAUUUGGACUGGUUCCUAAGCUCUGAUCACUUAUUUGUGAGGAUAGAACUACUCCGACAUAAUAAAUAUUGGGUCCAAUUCUCAGAAAAUAUGUUGUUAGUGAACCUUUAUACCAGAGUUGUGGUGUCAGCACGGAUGUCCCGGAUGUACAAGAUUGCCCGCGUGAAUACUUGGGCAACGAAAGUCAUCGUCCGAUUGGGUCGAGCUCGAACCUCACUUUCGGAAGCGGGGGUUUCCCCUUGAUUAGUCGCCUCCUUCCUUAUCUUCUGACUCCUGCACACAGGUCGAGGUUAGGAGGAGAAUUUUUCGACUCGAUCUCUCCAAAAAUUUAGUUAGAGCUGAGUGAAAACAAGAGAAAAUCCCCUUUAUGAUUGGCCUGACGAUGGGUUUUUAUACCCUGCGCAUGGGGACCAAUUGUACCUGACACAUUUAUGGCCAUCGUCCCUUUAAACGGCGAACUCACUUCUCGUGCGGACAUCGGACGUCCUUUGUGUCUCGGCGUCGAACAGUGGUGUCACACUCGAUCGGUGCCAUCCUGAUCCGACAGGGCAGUAUUGUACUCGGUCGACGUUGUCCCAAUAUUUAUGGGGCGGCGUCGUACUCGGUCGGCAAUGUCUCGACCUUUGCGAGGCAUUGUCGUACUGGAGGGGCGUGGUGCCGACAUGGUUCGUCAUGUUGACUUUGAUGCUCCUGGUUAGGGUAUGUUCCCAAAUUGUGCCCUAUCAUAUGUGCAUCAGAAUAAUCUAAUUGUCCAUUGUUUGCUGAGCCAUUGAAGCCUUCUUUUUCCUCAAUUGAUGUUGCGUUUGCCACUGAUGGAUAAGCUCGCCCAUCUUUUGGAUUGGCCUUCGAUGGGCCUAAAGGUAAUGGAACAAAGCCCAAGGCACAGCCAUGGUUAGGACUAUAGCGAGCCUGUGGUACGUCAACAACCUUAAAGGCAACGUUGAUCUAACCGUCUAUUCGUACAUGCGAACCCGAACCAACGUUGAUCUCCAUGGCUCGUCCGUUCUCUGAGUACGCUAAUCUUGACGCUUUUCCCCAAAAAUCGACGGCAAGAUCAGAGGCCACCGCUUCGUGUAUAGGUCGUUACCUUUACGGAAACGCAAUGCAAGUUCGAUAUUUCUUUACCACCCACCCCGUUCUCCCCCGCGCCUCCGAUUGCUGUUCCUCUUUUCCUCCACCGGCCACGGUCGUCGACUUCCUGCGUCGCCUCUGCAAUCUUCCUCCGACUUCUGCGCCCAUGGCUGAGGACCUAAAUCUCUGUGACUUUUAAGCUUGCACUUUGUUAUGUGUAGUGUUUGAGUUCUAUCCUUCAGCUAUCAGAACCCACUUCUUAUGAAAUUAUCAUGGCAAGGUUCAAAAUACUGUUGUCCUCAAGGUUGGUAUGUCAUGUGAAGGAUGCGUUGGAGCUGUUAAAAGGGUUCUAACCAAAAUGGAAGGCGUCAGAGUCCUUCAACGUUGAUCUGAAAGAGCAAAAAGUGACUGUGAAAGGCAAUGUGAAACCUGAAGUUGUUCUUCAAACUGUCUCAAAAACAGGCAAAAAGACUUCCUUUUGUGAUGCCGAACCUGAAACCAAUGAGGCUAUUGCAUGAUGAUGAUAUCCUACUUUCAUGCAACCUUUUACCAAAUAAAUUGGACUCUUUAUGUCGUAUGAUCUGUUAGUAUGUUAUGUUGCAGAGCUUGGUUCUUGUUACAGGUUGAGUACAUACUGAUUAUUAUCUGAUCAACUGUGACAUAUCCCUUCCAGUAUGCUUGUGACAACCGUCAAGCAUACUCUACUUACGGGUUAAUGGUUAUCUUCAUGUGCUCAAUUUCAAUGGAAUUUGGUUUGCUCAAA